CUGCCCACCAGCUGGUCAUAAGUCCCCAGGUCGACAUUGUUUGGAGAAUCGCAAGUCAUGAGUUCAUCAGAUUCGGUUCGAAUAAAAUCACAGUCAGUGGAGUUGUCAGUUGAAGGCAUCGAGACACACGGAAUGAGCGAACAACGCCCUCUCAAAGUUCUCACCUUAGAUGGUGGCGGUCUGCAAGCUUUGGCAACACUGAGCAGUCUCAACACUGUAUGUAAAGAGAUUGCCAGACAGAACGAGGCCACUAGAACUCCAGCUCCUCACGAAUUGUUUGACGUGAUCUGUGGCGUUGGUACAGGAGGAUGGAUUGCUUUGUUGUUGGGGCGGUAUCGUCUCGAUAUUGCGACUUGUAUGGCCGUAUACAUGGAAAUCGCACGGAAGGUUGACUGCGCAGAGCGAACGAGUCGAUGGCACAGACGCAAUCGUUGCUUCAAACUCGAUCAAGAUCGAUUGGUCAAGGUUAUCGAGGAGACAUUGCAACGGUAUGAUCUGGAUGCGACAUUACUCUCUGCAACUUCAAUCAAUCCUACCUUGAAUGAUGGUCGGAGUAGAUGCAGAUAUGCAUUUGCGGUGGGUGUGGUACAGCAGUCCAAGCCACAGGAGUCGAAGUACGAGCUAUUCAGGUCAUACCUAUUACCUGCAAACACAAAGACCACACUGCCAGGGCCUCGGCCAGACAAAUGUCGCAUAUCCCAAGCAUUUGCGGCAACUGGAGCUGCCAAAUUUUUUCUCAAGCCCUACAAGGUUGAACAUACCUCUUUCUUCGAUGAGACCUUUCCUCAAUCACAUCCGAUUACCGCAAUCGCCCUUGAUGAAAUUUUUGGUCUCUAUGGAUCCGACUCUGAGAUAUCGGUUCUGCUAAACAUUGGCCCCGGAAUACCUUCAGAGGAAGACUGCAGGGAACUCGAUGAGAUGUCGACGGGCCCAGUGGAGCGAUUGACGAGGAAGUUCUCUUGGCCCAAACGCAAGCAAAACUCUCUGUCAGAGCAAGAGGGCGAGGAUGUGAGUCGGGAAGAGCUAGAGGAGUCGACCUCGUCGCUUUCAAGCUCGAGUGAACGCGCCUUGAGGCUUGACCGUCAGACGCGUGUGGACGUCAAAGCAAGACUGAAGCAACUGUAUGGAGAUGCCGGUCCGGAGAAAUAUCAUCAUCUUGGGCCAGAUUACUCGCUGGAGAAAGCAUCACUGAAUGAUGUCCGUGCAAUCCGGCUCUUCCGAACGCAGUCUAGCGAGUCGCAGGCAAGCAGUGAGGAGAUUGAAGGCACUGUCAAGCAGUUCUGGGUCAACGCGAGGGCUUGAGGGUGGAUGCAUAUACGAGAUUUCUGCAGUCCGUAAGUAGAAUAACUUGAUCGUACAAUACCAGUGCUAUGCUGUGAAGAGAGGUGUGUGGUGAUGGCGAUGGAUGAUUCGUGCACGGAGGAUCGAGUCCAGGAACAAGCGGCAUAAUUAGU